ACUAAAUUAAAAAUGUAGAAUUUAACAUUGUGAUUUGUGUUUCUAACUAAAUCAUCUAUAUGCCUUAUUUAAAUGAAGAAAACUUAAUAUUAAACCUUAAACAAAGGUUAAUGUCAAAGUUUGUGUUUCUAUGGAGAUUUGUAUCUGUCAAAGUGACGCAAAGUUUGAUUUGAUUUUAUAUAUAUUAUAGUUAUCAGUUUACACUUGAUUUUUUGGAAUGAGCGAGAAGUUGGGCAACUUCGACUAUCUGUCGAUCUUCUGUGAAAAGAACUCCGACGGUACGAAGAACCUACGAUUGAAGGGUAACGAGCUUGUCCGUCGGCUGAAUUACAGGAUAUGCGACAAUGACAUAGCGCGUAUUUCUACGUUCAUCUCGGUCGGAAAGAACAUUGUGAAAUUGGAUUUGGCUUAUAACGACGUUACCGAUGAUGGAAUCCACAUCUUGGCAGAAGUCCUCUUGGGACGAGAGAAUAAUCUUGAACAUUUGAACCUUGUCGGAUGCAACAUUACACACGUCGGCCUCCAGAUGAUCAGCGACAAAGCACCGAUGCUGAAGCUGAAAACACUCAGGUUAACGGCCAACAACAUUACAUCAAAGGGAGGACCGUCCUUCGAAAACAUCCUGCUGCACGUGCCUACCAUCGAGAAUCUCGAUGCCGGCGACACUCAUCAAACUCUGGUCUCUACUCCGUACUUUUGCUCGAGCUUGCGUAUGGACAUAGGCAAUAACAGGUCUUUGAAAUCGUUGGAUAUAUCUGGAGUAAUACCGAUUUCCUGCUGGCACUUCACACUUCCGCCGCAGUUGGCCGAUCAGAUGGGAGAGCUCGUCAAAAUGAACGAAACGCUCAUCGAGAUGCACCUGCAGAAGUGUAAUUUCGAUGGACACGACAUGGAACUGCUUCUCCUCGGACUUGAAAGAAACACCACACUCCGGUUGUUAGAUUUGGGUCACAAUCGCAUCAACAAUUACGGCGGGGAAGUGUUAAGUCGUUGGCUCAUCAACGGCCCUAAUUUGCUCGGCUUGAAUUUGGCUGGAAACAUGAUUGGAAACAUCGGAGCCAAAGCUCUGGCGAAGGCGAUUCCCGAAACCAAGUUACGUCUUUUGGAUUUGAGCAUGAACCGCAUAGAGGACGAAUUGCUUUGCAAAAUUUUGCACAGCCUCAAGAAGAAGUACCGCAUCAGAAUGGUAUUCCUAUGGGGAAACAAAUUCGGACAAGCUUCCAUGAAGAUUAUGCAGAUGCAUCUUGCGAUCGGUCUGUACGAGCAGGAGCACGUCGACUUUAAAAUCUACGAGGUGGAUGGAGUUCUAUAUGUCGCCAAGUAUCCUGGUAACAAUUACAAAUACAGGUACCAUUGCCAGCUGGAGCACAACGAAGUGCAGGAGUUGAGGAUUACUAGAAAUAUCGUCUAUAGCGAGUAUUGUGAUUACAAAGCGAAAUUGAAUUUCUUAUAUUACGACCGCAUCCAAGGAGAUUGUUCCAAUCCACCAGAAUGUUUUUAACUGUUUAUUUCAAAUUGUAUCAAAUUAAAAAAUAAAAAAUGUUUCUGUAUUUAUUUGUAUUUGCACAGCGAUUAAAAAUGAUGGAAAAGAAGGUUAAGAAGCAUUACCAUUUUGUUUUCUGUCAUUAAUGUUACU